UGACGCACCAAUCAUUUUGCGACAGUUUGACCUUCAAGUGCUCGCAACCCCAUCAGUAGACGAUACCCUAGGAGUGUUGCCGUGCUUUUGUAGUGCUUAGUUUGGUUAUGUUUAUUGUUCAUGGUAGUCAGUCGAAUUAAAAAGACUCGCACAUAGCUGGCGAUUAUCCAAAAUCCUAAGCUUCUUUUGGACUUCGACAACCCAUCAGAGUUUCCAGAGAUGCCGAUUGAUGUCUGUUUAUCUCUACCACUUAUCGACAGGGUGAAAGAACUUAGUAAUAUUUUUGCUCGUGGAAAUUUACAGGAGCUUCAUAAUUCGGUUGUUCUGGUUGUCGACAAUAUAUUCGGUUAUUCAUGUGGUACAGAAGGCUGGGCUUUACAUGCUGUUAACGAAGCUGAUGAGCCACAUUUAUUUGGUUCCAUUCGAGAGUUCCUCUCGCCAAACGGGAGAUUUUUGGAAGUUUUGUCCAGUAGAUUAACCCUUGAAUUUCCGUCAAUCUAUCAUGAUUUCCCACUUUGGCUGUUAUCAACAGAUUCGCAAAACUCGGUGUGGUCAGGUGGUUGCAAACAACCACGAACACAUUUGUCGUUAAAUGCAUUUACUUACUAUAUGUUCGCUUUCAUGUGUUAUGCAUCGUACCCUAAAUGGAAACAGGAACUUGCGUUAUAUGAUUUCGAAAACAGUUUAUACCGUACCUUAUUUGAUGAUUACUUAGGCUUUUACUUAUAUACUGACCCAACCACAGUAAAUGUAAUGGCUUCUAAAUUUCACAUUUUAAGAGCUGGUUUGCAGUCACCUGGAUACCAGAAGAAUUUUUCCAAUGAAUUUGUUGGGGAGUAUAUGAAUGGAUCUACGGAUACUUGCUUUCCCGACUUCCGCUUAUUUUGGCAAACAGAGGCAGUAUUACAAGCCGUUUGCGAAUUUCUUCUAUCAUGGAGAACAACUGAUUGUUCUAAUGGCAUUGCCGAUCUACCUAAAAAUACAUCUGCUGUGAUUCCGUCACUUUCCCCAUUAAAUCAUGUUGAGUUCUCAACUAAACCGACUGUAUGUCAACUAUUUCUGGUGAGGUCUUUCCUAAAAUAUUUCUACUUUGCAUUGUUCAAUAAUACAAAUUCAAACUGUUUCCAAAUAUUGCAGCAACAGAUAAUAUGGAACAAAUUUCUCAAUUAUCGAAAAUAUUUAUACAAUAAUCAAGGCGUGAUAGUGUCACCAGAAUCAUCCAUACCACAUCACAAUAUUAUGAAUCGAUUUUCACGGUUUAUUGUUUACUGUUUUCAACAUUGGCCUUUUGACUUAAGUUUUGAAGUUGUGCUUGAGACGUGGCUCUCUAGUAUUCAACCUUGGCGUUACGCAAGAUUUCCGCAGCUACAUACUGAUACUCGCUUUUCAUCUAUACCGUGGGAUGCACCCUUAAAUUUAAAAAUUGAUAAUGAGAAUUAUUCUGAGUGGUUGACAUUUGUUGCCCGUCAUUACAGCCUUUAUGUUGGUUUACUCUUAUUAUUUAUGGAAAGAGUUACUAAAAUUGAUUUACAUGUGUGUCGAAAUGCUCAUAUGGUUUAUCGUGUGACAAAAGUGUUUUCUCAGGAUGGAUUUAAAAUGCUACUACUGAAUACUGAAAAAAUUUUGUCCGAACAACAACAUCAACAAGACGGUACUUUAUCCAGUGCGAUAGUAUCUGAAUAUCAAAGGGAACAAAGUGGCCUCUGGAAUCCUGUAAUAAUUAGUACAGUUGAAAGGGUUUUAAAUUGUAUGAUGAUUGCAAAAGUAAAUUUACAAUCUGAAAUAAUAAAAAAGAUGGACAAAUUUUCAUCAGAUUCCGACGGAUGGUUUGAUAAAUGUACUAAAUGGUUGUGUAGUUUCCUGAUAUUUGAUAUGGAUAACUCUGACGAAAAUGUCAACAAAUGUAUAUUCUAUUUAACAGAAGGAAUACAUUCAUUACGAGAAUUCUUUGCUAUUCAAGAAGUAUGCUUUUCUUUUAAACGUGAUAGUCUAACUUAAUCUUUUUAAAUAUUUUGUGAUUAAUUGCAUUAGCUGGUACUAUUUACGACAUUUCACUGAAAAUAAAGUUAUCAUUUUGAUUGCAGAGUAAAACUGGUUGGUGAAUAUGAAUCAAAGCUGCUUCUAUUUAGUGUACUCUAUUGAACCCCACAUUGUCAACAAACUUAACACUUUAAAUGUCACUAGAUUACCCCAUAAGUAAGCAGAUAUUUAAACAAGCUCAUUGAUUACCCAUACUCAUUCCUCUUUAGCUAGUAUUGGAUGAUAAACAAUUAUCAGAAUGGGUUUUGUGGAGAGUUUAAGAAACUUCACAGGUUGAAAUCAUGAGUCAGUGUACGGUGGCGCAACUUCGUGGAUUGGUUGAAGUUAGACAUUAACACCAUUGGAUGCCGGCUCAGUGGUCUAGUGGUUAAGUGCUCGCGCGCGAAGCCAGUAGGUCCUGGGUUCGAGCCCCGCGUGGUGGGGGAUCGUGGAUGCGCACUGCUGAGGAGUCCCAUACCAGAACGAAACGGCCGUCCAGUGGUUUCAGGUUUUCAAUGGUGGUCUAGCUUCAACUGACUCAUGAUAAACAAUUAUCAAAAAGUAGUCGACAAGCUUACUGAAUUAUUUGAAGCUAAAAUCUUGACAAUCAUUACCCAUAAUUUGAACUGUACUAUAGAUUAAUCCCUUUCAGUACACGUGCCGGAUUGUUUUCGUAACAGGCUAACGUUAGCCAAAAUAAUCAACUAAAGAGCACCAGACAGUUACUUUAAAGUUUGGAUAUAUUCUUCACCUAAUACAGCGACACGACACAAUUCAUCAGUUUAUUUGGAAUUCAUUGAUCUACAUUAGGCAGCUUCUUUUUAUUUGCAGUAUUAAUUGUCUACCAGGAACAGACUCUAAAUGUGACGCUGAGUACGCAAACUGGGGUAUAUGGAAAGGAGUCCAAACCUGUGACCUAGCGACUGAAGGUUGAACGCUCUAACCACUGAGCAACAACUCAUUCAGUCAUCAUUAAAGUAGAGCUUCUCACAGAUGUGUAUUGGUCCCAUACCAUAUUACCACAACAAAAUGGAAUUAACAAGAUGAGUAGUCAAACAAAUCGGAAGGAUAUAAUAGCACUGGCGACGAAAGAGAUUAAACAUUGACGCAAAAUGUAAGAGGAUGCAGUAUUGUGUGAUCAGUUGUUUUUUAGCUAUGUAUUAACUAAAAACCUUAGUAGAUCUAUUGGUGUAUUUAUUGAAUAUAUCAUGUGUAACCCAAUAACUAAAUCUUCAAAAACCCGAAUACAACGCUUCAUGGGCUUUGUCUGUUGUGACGAGUCAGUUGUUCAGAAUGCUCGCG